GCUGCAGCGGCAGUUUGGAAUCAUUCCUAUGGAAAACCGACCUGCAGCUUUAUUUAAAGCCUGAAUUUGAGCUCCUCUGUUCAGGCUUUAAACUCAGCUUCUGUUAUUCUCAGAGUCCCACCAGACUCAGAUAUUUGGAGCAAACUAAGAUCAUCAGACGUGGAGAACAUGGACAUGUCUGCUGGAGCUGCGUCCCUCUGCUCAGCUCUGCUGUUGGUCAGUCUGCUGCUGUUUGUCUCUGCAGAGCAGAAAACCAUCACAGCUGAGUCUGGAAACAGAGUCACUCUGCCAUGUCGAGCUCCAAACAAAUACAACAUUAGAGCAGUUGUGUGGAGCAAAGCUGGAAGCAGAGAUGGAAAAAAUGUCCUUGUGUACCAAUUUGUAGUGCAGCAUUAUAUGACGGAGCAUUCAUCCUUCAAGAACAGGGUGGAGCUGAAGGACAGACAGAUGAAGGAUGGAGACGUGUCUGUGAUUCUGAAGGAUGUGAACACCGCUGAUACUGGAAGAUAUGAGUGUCGUGUUUACAUGAGAGAACCCUUUAGGCUCCUCAGCAUCAUCUACCUGAGCGUUGCUCCUCCUCCAGACGAUAAAUUCCUCACAGCUGAUCCUGGACAGGACGUCACUCUGACAUGUCGAGCUCCAAACAACAACCCCAAGUUCAUCCAUUGGAGCAGAGCUGACCUGGAGCCAGAAUACCUCCUCCUUUACCGGGAUGGGCAGUUUCUUCCAGGUGAUCAGUUUGUGUCUUUUAAGAACCGGGUGGAUCUGCGGGACAGACAGAUGAAGGAUGGAGACGUGUCUCUGAUUCUGAAGAACGUGAUGACUGCUGACACUGGAACAUACAACUGUCGUGUCUUCAUGGAGGAAAAACGCUCCUGGGAGUCCAUCUGCAGAUUCACCCUGACUGUUCCUCCAGAGAAGCAAACCAUCACAGCUGAGACUGGACAGAGCGUCACUCUACCAUGUCGAGCUCCAAACAACAUCACAGUUUUAUACUGGAGCAGAGCUGACCUGGAGCCAGAACAUCUCCUUGUUUACCGGGAUGGGCAGAUUGUUCCAGAUAACCAGCAUCCGUAUUUUAGGAAGCGGGUGGAUCUGCGGGACAGACAGAUGAAGGAUGGAGACGCGUCUGUGAUUCUGAAGAACGUGACGACUGCUGAUAAUGGAACAUACAAGUGUCAUAUUUUCAUGGAGGAAACACACUCAUGGAAGCUGAGCAUCAUCAACCUGAGUGUUCCUCCAGAGCAGAAAAUCAUCAUCACAGCUGAGUCUGGACAGAAUGUCACUCUGCCAUGUCGAGCUCCAAACUACAACAUCACAUUGUUGUAUUGGAGCAGAGCUGACCUGGAGCCAGAAAACCUCCUUGUUUACCGGGACGGGCAGAUUGUUCCAGAUUACCAGCAUCUGUAUUUUAAGAAGCGGGUGGAUCUGCAGGACGGACAGAUGAAGGACGGAGACGCGUCUGUGAUUCUGAAGGAUGUGACGACUGCUGAUAAUGGAACAUACCAGUGUCGUGUCUUCAUGGAGGAAACUCGCUCAUGGAAGCUGAGCAUCAUUGACCUGAGUGUUCAUCCAGACAACAAAAGCAUCACAGCUGAGUCUGGACAGAGCAUCACUCUGCCAUGUCGAGCUCCAAAUGACAACAUCAAAUUUGUACAUUGGAGCAGAGCUGACCUGGAGCCAGAAUAUCUCCUUGUUUACCAGGAUUGGCAGUUUCUUCCAGAUUACCGGCAUCCAUCUUUGAAGAAUCUAAUGGAUCUGCAGGACAGACAGAUGAAGGAUGGAGACGUGUCUCUGAUUCUGAAGGAUGUGACGACUGCUGAUGAUGGAACAUACCAGUGUCGUGUCUUCAUGGAGGAAACUCGCUCAUGGAAGCUCAGCAUGAUCUACCUGAGUGUUACUCCAGACCACAAAAUCCUCACAGUUGAUCCUGGACAGAACAUCACUCUGCCAUGUCGAGCUCCAAACAUCAACAUCAAAUUUGUACACUGGAGCAGAGCUGACCUGGAGCCAGAAUAUGUCCUUGUUUACCGGGAGGGACAGUUUCUUACAGCAAAUCAGCAUCCAUCUUUCAGGAAGCGGGUGGAUAUGCAGGAUGGACAGAUGAAGGAUGGAGACGUGUCUGUGAUUCUGAAGGAUGUGACGGCUGCUGAUGAUGGAACAUACCAGUGUCGUGUCUUCAUGGAGGAAACUCUGUCAUGGAAGCUCAGCAUCAUCAACCUGAGUGUUCCUCCAUACCAUAAAAACAUCACAGCUGAGUCUGGACAGAACGUCACUCUGCCAUGUCGAGCUCCAAACAACAACAUCAUCGAUGUUAUAGAGUGGAUCAGACCUGACCUGCAGCCAGAAUACGUCCUUGUUUACCGGGAUGAGCGGUUUGAUCCAGAUAACCAGCAUCCAUCCUUUAAGAACCGCGUGGAUCUGCGGUACAGACAGAUGAAGGAUGGAGAUGUGUCUUUGAAUGUGAACCAUGUGACGAUUAAUGACACUGGAACAUACGAGUGUCAUGUCUUCAUGAUUGGAACAAACCACAAGAACACCAAACCCAUCAGCAGCAUCUACCUGAGAGUUGUUGAUCCUCCAGAUCCACCAGGAGGAGACGCAGACGGUGGAGGUAACGAGGGUGGAGGGAACGAGGGUGGAUCUGUUGGACUGAUAGUCGGUCUGACACUUUCUGCUGUGCUGCUGCUUCUUCUUAUUGUUCUUAUUGUUGUUCUGAGCAACAGAAAAUCCAACCAGUCCCAAAGAUCAAAUGCGGCUCAUCACCAGGAGAUAGUCAGCCUAUCUGAGGACAGUGAUGAACUCUCCUGAACAUCCAGCAGACAUGAUUUAUGCAUGUUUAAAGGUUCAGUUCAAACAUGCAGAGCUCUUUUGUGUUGGUUUGAUAUAUGAACCUUUUUCAUUUUAAUAACCCCCAUGGGGGCAUUUACACCUCUGGCUACGCCUCUGGAGUAGGUUCUGAGUGUAAUCUGUGCACCAGAGUCAUUAUAGUUGGUUUUUUUUUCCUCUUUUUGUUUUUAUUUCUGUUUGGUUUCAGUUGGUUUCCAGAGUCAUAGGUUUAGGAAAAUCAGUCCAGGGCUCUAUUCCAGGAAGCAGGUUCAGCUCCAGCUCUGGUUUGUUAACCUAAAAUGAGGAAACUCAGGUUUCUGUUCCAGAAAGAGAGCUAACUAACUCUGAGUCAGUUACCAUGGUUAGGGUCACUCUGUGACCCUAACCUGGCAGGUU